UCACUGCAUUGAAUGGGUUAUCCAAAAUAUACUUUACUUAAUUUCUAAUAUAUAGCCGAAGAAUUAUGAGGAAAAACGUUUUACAGCCAAGGAAUAAACGCUUUCAUGAAAAAUAAUUCUGUUCAAAACAUAUACGAAUAUAAUUUGUACUAAAAAUUAAAUCGAACAUUACAGUAUAACAAUUAAACUAAAGGAACUUUUAGUCUGAUUAAAAUACUUUUAUUUCUAUACAGUUUCACACUUUGACGAGAAUUCUCACUCUCUUAUUACUUCAUAUUCUACUCUUGAGCAAAGUAGUCUCUAUUAAGACUACAUUCUUUUUGCCAAAAGCUUGUUCAAUAACUAUAAUUUUACUGUAAAGUUUACCAUUGAAUUCUUCUUGUAAUUAGGUAUCCAAACCAUAAACAAUUUGAUGAUAUUGGUAAUUCUAUUGUUAAAUAUCUUAAAUUACCUUUAACAAAACAAAAUAUCACCAUAUGGAAAGAUGCCUUGCAAACAAAAUUAAAACGUAAACGUUUUGAAUAUCGAAACAACACUGUUGUUCAAGAACACUUGCUAAAAUAUUCACGAUCAGGAUUUGGACGUCCAGUUAAACGAAAAAUUGGUGAAACAGCUGAACGUGAUCGAUACAAACAAGAACCAUCAACACCAUAUCCAACAUUAGUUUGUAUUGAUAAUCUCAUUCACGUAUACGUUGAUUUUAAUCCAAUUCUUUCAACUAAUUCACCGGACAAUGCUGUUGCACUUCUUAUCGCGAUAUACACAAUUUUCGAAUUAUCAUUUGAUAAAAAAAGCCGAACAAUUCGAUUUCUUUAUUCAAUAAUACAUGGUGACAAACGAUUCCUUUCUAAUUCUAUUCGUUUCUUCAUCAAAGAAAAAAAAAUCGAUAUUCAAUGGGAACACCACCAAAUAUCAUCGUCUUCUUCAAAUUUUCCAUCAGUUUGUUCAACAACACCGAUUAUUGAGCCUUCAACUCAUUCACAAAUUCAAGUGAAUUCAUCAUAUGAUCCUUCAAUUGAACAUGAUUCUUCAAACCUUGAUCAAACAACUGAACCAAAAUCGUCAAAUAAUAAUUCUAGUCCUGAUAUGCUUAUUACUACAAAUGAAUGUGGCAAUAAUAAUGAAAAUACAUCAUUACCCGAUCUUGAUUCACAAACCACCACGAAGAAACAACGAAAAAGAAAAAAUAAUUUAAAUCUGGACGAUGAAAAUUCCACAUUUUCGAAUCCUGCUGAAAAAAUGAAUCAUCAACUUUCAACUCAAAAUCAAGUGCCACUGAACGAUAUUACUAAUUCAACACAUAAUGCAAGACAAAAUAAAAAGAAACGACGAUUUUAA